AUGUGGAACCAGGUGCCAGUGACUCCACCACAAAACAAAGCGCAGGUCUACAGAGGAGAGCGGCUGCUGCUUCCAAACAGGAUGUUUGCUUCCGGUCUAACACUGCUGCUCCUGUGGAUUCUGGCCGUCCCUGCGUCCUCCGAGUGCGACCACUCGUCCGAAACCUCCAAACUCAACCUGAGCGUGGCGUACGAGCUGCCAGUAUUUCAAUCGCAAUACCCUGUCCACAACAUGGUCGCGCUGGAUGGAAUCGUGUACGUGGGCGCCACCAACCACAUCUACGCCCUGUCCCCGAACCUCACCAUCCUGUCGGAGUACCGCACCGGGCCUCUGCGCACCAACGAGACGUGCGGCAGAAGAACCAGCAACUCCACUGUCGACAACCGCAACGUCGCUCUGGUGACGGAAAACCACUACGACAAAGGCUUGUACAGCUGCGGCUCUGCGGACAACGGGGUUUGCAGACGCCACGUAUUGAACGAAGAGGAUGAACCCGACCCCAAAACCGUCGACGAUGAAGUGUAUUGCUUUGCAGAUAAAGUUGGGCUCGGCAAAGGUGUGCCGCUGGACUCCGAUGUCGUCGUCAGCGCAUCUGGGUCGCAAGUUCUCAACGUAGAAAGCAACGUGAUCCAGUUUUUUGUGGGGAAUUCGCAAAUCCCCGGGAGCAACGUGACAGCACACACGCACACACUGUCGGUGCGCAAGAUGAAAACUAGUCAAAACGGAUUCACGUUCUUCUCCGGCGGCGCGCACCUGGACUUGCUCCCAUCACUUCGCGGGGAUUACUACUUGCGCUACGUCCAUUCCUUCAGCAGCGGGCCGUUCACCUACUUCCUGACCGUACAGCGUGUGAGCAGAGACUCCGCGGCCUACCACACUCGCAUCGUGAGAAUGUGCGCGUCCGACUCGGUGAUCCGGCGCUACGUGGAGAUGCCGCUGCAGUGUAUCAGGACGGACAAACGCCGACGCAGAUCCACGGAGGACGUCAAGGUCUUCAACAUCCUGCAAGCGGCAUAUGUGGGCAAAAUCAGAGAAGACGCAGAGUUGCAGAAGCAGCUGAAGGUGGGCCCAAACGACGACGUGCUGUUCGCGGCCUUCGCCAAGGGGCAGCCCGAGUCGCCCGAGCCCACGCAGGACUCAGCGGUCUGCGUGUUCUCGCUUAGUCACAUCAACAACAUGAUCCGGAGGUACAUGCAGAGCUGCAGCACCGUGGAGCCGUACCAUUUCACCGGCAUCGAGCGCAAGUCCUGCUACAACGUGACCUCUGCAGAUGAGUGUGACCCUCACGAGGGAAUGCACCAGGGCCGAGAAAGCACGUACCGUCUGCAGAUCACCCAGUUCAUGACGCGCCUCGAGUUCUGGCACCAGGAGCUGUCGCAGACGCUCGUCACCUCCAUCGCCGUGGCAACCGUGAGGGGCAGGACUGUGGCCUACCUGGGCACCGGCCAUGGACGCCAUCUUCAGAUAUUGUUUUCUCGCUCCUCUGCUCCUCACGUGAACAUCUCCCUGGACUCUGGACCCGUCUCCUCCAGCCUCCUCCUCCACAACCACGGACAGCUGCUGGUCGCCACCGGCAACAAGAUAACGUCGGUGCCUCUGAUUGGCCCUGGCUGUAAUCAGCUGACCACCUGCACUUCCUGUUUGCUGUCAUCAAGGGUAACCGAUUGCGGAUGGUGCAACGGCCGCUGCACGAGGUCCAGUGAGUGUACAAGCGAGUGGAGCCAGGAGAACUGCCAACCUGUUAUUACCAAGUUCUGGCCGAGCAGUGCUCCUUUGCGCGGAUCCACAGCUCUCACUAUCUGUGGACAAAACUUCGGCUUUGAUAAGUCGUAUAAUUUCCGAGCGUCAAUGGUCAAUGUGGAGGUGGGAGGAGUGGCCUGCAAAGUGGAGCGUCACGUCAGCAGGUGGACGGAAGUGCAGUGCGCGCCGGUUUUCAGCGCCAACUUCACGGUGAAGGACAGAGACGUGAAAGUGACCAGUGGGACUCGAGUGGCCAAGAUGGAGGGCUUCACAUUUGGGGAGCCAGUCAUCCACGAGAUUUUCCCCACGUUUGGACCUAAAUCCGGGAACACGAUGCUGACGAUCCGCGGAGCCUUUUUAGACUCUGGCAACAAGAGAGAAGUGACGGUGGGGAGAGCGGCCUGCAAGAUCCAGAGUCUGUCCUCGUCCAUGCUGACCUGUAAGACCCCGCCUCAGCCCCUCCCCUCUCUAGAAGUGGUCCGUCUGAGUCUGGACUCGCUGGAGCUCAGAGCCUCCCAACUCUUCACCUACAACCAGGACCCCAUCAUCCACAGCAUCCAGCCCUCCAGGUCCUUCGUCAGUGGCGGCUGCACGGUCUCUGCUCAUGGCUUCUUCCUUCAGUCCGGACUUCAGCCUGAGAUGGUCCUCACCACGAGCCACGACCAACACGUCUUCCACGUCAGCUGUGUGUACGGAGAGAACCACACCACAAUCCAGUGCACCACUCCAUCUCUGGCCAAACUGGCUCUGCAGCCCCCCCUGGUGACCAAAGUCUCCUUCAUCCUGGACGGGUUCUGCACCGAUCAGUGGGACCUGGUCUACGUGGAGGACCCUCUGUUCCAAGACCCCAAACUCACGUCCAAGGACAACAAGAGCAUCGUGGAGCUCAAGGGCGACAGAAUGGACAGAGAGGCGAUGAAGUGCCAGGUCCUGACGGUGUCCAACCACAGCUGUGAGACUCUGACCCUGGUGGGAAACACGCUGGAGUGUACGGUCCCUCACCAGCUGCACCAGAAAGAACUGCAGGUCCAGUGGCGGCAGGCAGACUCCAUCCGGUCUUUGGGAAUGGUGACUCUGGCUCAGGAGCAGGACUUCACGGCUCUUGUGGUUGGCUGUGUGUGUGUCUCUGUGCUGCUGCUGGGACUGGGCUCUCUGCUGCUCUGGAGGAGGAACAAGCACAUAGACGAUCUGUCUGAAGUGUGGUACGACGGCAGAGCUCACAUCCAGCACCUGGACAGAUUGGCCAACGCGCGCAGCACCAGUCCCACCAAUGAGAUGGUGUCACACGAGUCUGUGGAUUACCGCACCACGCUGCUUGAUGAACAAAAUGGCGAGCGGCCCGAGUCGUGCCGCGCCCCGGUGUACGGCGGAGAGCUACAGCACCACCGCGGGGCCAUAGGGGGCGCCACAGGACCGGAUGAGUUCAUGUCUCCGCUGCUGUCAGGGGUCCCGGUCCACAUAGACCCCAGCUGUCUGCACCCAGACCUGCUGAGAGAGGUCCAGCACGUGGUGAUCAGCAGAGACAGGCUCAUCCUUCAUCUUCAACAAGUCAUCGGGCGAGGACAUUUUGGCUGCGUUUUCCACGGGACUCUUCUGGAGGCCGACGGACAGAACCAGCACUGUGCCGUCAAGAGCUUAAACAGGAUCACAGACUUGGAGGAGGUGUCCCAGUUCUUAAAAGAGGGGAUCAUCAUGAAGGACUUCAGCCACGAAAACGUCCUGUCGCUGCUGGGCAUCUGUUUGCCACCAGAGGGUUCUCCUCUGGUCAUCCUGCCCUACAUGAAGCAUGGAGACCUGAGGAACUUCAUACGGGACGAGGGCCAUAACCCCACAGUGAAGGACCUGGUGGGCUUCGGGCUACAGGUGGCUCGGGGGAUGGAGUACCUGGCCUCCAAGAAGUUCGUCCACAGAGACCUGGCGGCACGGAACUGCAUGUUGGACGAGAGCUACAUUGUGAAGGUGGCAGACUUCGGUUUGGCGCGAGACGUUUACGAUAAGGAGUAUUACAGCGUCCACAACAAGAGCGGAGUCAAGCUGCCGGUGAAAUGGAUGGCCCUUGAGAGUCUGCAGACCCACAAGUUUACCCACAAGUCUGACGUGUGGUCGUUUGGAGUGCUGCUGUGGGAGCUGAUGACCAGAGGAGCUCCUCCCUAUUCUGACGUCAAUACGUUCGAUAUCACUGUGUUUUUACUGCAAGGAAGAAGACUACUGCAGCCAGAGUUCUGUCCAGACGCACUGUACGCGCUGAUGAUCGAUUGCUGGCACCCCAAACCCGAGCGGAGGCCGUGCUUCUCUGCGCUCGUUUCUCGGAUCUCCUCCAUCUUCUCGUCCUUCAGCGGCGAGCACUACGUCCUGCUCAACACCACCUACGUCAACAUCGACAAGCUCACCCCCUACCCCUCCCUGCUGCCCCCCUCUGGCCCGGAGGAGACCUGCAGCUCGUCCAGCGGAGACAGCGCACUGCUCAGCCUCAACUCGCAGGGGGCGCUGUUCUGCAACCCCGAGAGGCACUGCUACACCUGA